UCGUCUCGUAAUUCACACCGACCCCGACUACGAUCCCUUUCCGUCGAUUUACCGAGUCGUAUUACCGAUCUGUGCCGUCGUAUCAUCAGUAACAAUGAGCUCAACGACAGCUCCCGCAUUCACUGCGGUGGCUGCUCGGAGAACACUUACCGGCUCUGAGCCAUCCGUACCAAAACCCAGUCCAACCAUCUGGUCGAAGGAAGUUCGCGAAUGGGUCUCUCGAGGUUUUGCCGCAGCGACUGACGACGACGGAAUCACGCACGACGAACUCACAGCCAAAAUCAAACAGAUCAUCACAGAAUACAUGAGCAACGAAUCUAUGUACUCUGUUGACUGGAGUAUACUACCGAUACCUCAAUAUUUCAUCCAACAAGAACGUCAACAAGCCAUUUUGGGUCCAGCCUACCAACCAAACGCGAUGUACUACCCAACGCCACCGCCCCCGCUAUCCACUUUCCGGGAACAGGCAACAGUACCGGCCUCUAAGAAACGAAAGUCUUCGGAACUAGGAGUCGAUCAGGAGCCGCCGUGGCGCAAAUCGAACAGCCUUCUGGAAGAUCGAGUCACCUAUGCCAACCCUACCUUUGAGGACCGCGCCGAGAAGCGAAGCAAGAAACGACGUGACGAGACUAAUAAAGCCACCAGUAAGUAUCAGAACGACCUGGAACUCCGGAAACAACGGUUCGGUCUGCACUCGCCAUCACCAUCACAACCGCCCUGGAGGUCCCGAAGCGAGACUCCGGCACCGGAUGCAUCCUCUGGCCCCGUGAUUGGAACCAACGAAGACCUGGAGAAAAAGUACUUCCGCUUAACAUCAGCCCCGAAACCUGAGGCGGUUCGACCACAACGAGUUCUUGAGAACAGCUUGAAGUUCUUGAAAAAAAAAUGGCGGGAGGGGGCAAGUUACCCGUACAUCUGUGAUCAGUUCAAAUCGAUGCGACAGGAUCUCACCGUCCAGCACCUCAAGAAUGAGUUCACCGUGAGUGUGUACGAGCUGCACGCUCGAAUCGCAUUGGAAAAGGGGGAUUUGGGUGAGUAUAACCAGUGCCAGACGCAAUUGCGGGCGCUGUAUGCGCAGGGAUUGCAAGGGCAUCCGACAGAGUUUCUCGCGUAUCGCAUUCUCUAUUUCAUUCACACUGCCAACAAGACCGAUCUGAACGACGUAUUGGCAGAAUUAACUCCAGCAGAAAAGGACGACGUGUCGGUGAAGCACGCGCUUGAUGUUCGUUCAGCGAUUGCACUGGGCAAUUAUCAUAAGCUGUUCAGACUGUUCAUUGAUCCACCAAAUAUGAGUGGAUAUAUCAUGGACAGGUUCAUCGAUCGUGAGCGUGUGUCUGCUCUUGCUAAGAUGGGUCGAGGUUACAAACGAGCUCUAUCACUGAGGUUCCUCGCCGAGGAACUCGCCUUUGAAAGCGUUCAGCAAUGCCAUGACUGGUUUAUUGCCGUUGGCGCUCAAGAUCUCCUUGAAUCAAAAGAGGACGGCAGCGUGUGGCUCGCAGCUGACACACCCACGUACAAACUGUUCGAAUCGGCUCGCCAGACAACCUUCAGCAAAGUAGACAUCAAAGGCCAGAUAUAAAUGGACCACGAACGAGUGACAAGCCGUUUGACAUCAGUCCCGCUUGUCACGCACGAACCCCUUCCCCACGACUCCUAACCACACGUUUCAUGAUUUCUUUCCCUUUCUCUUCUCUUAUUUUUCUCGCAUUCAUUCCCCUGGCACACACCCUUGAUUAUGCAGUGCAACGGUCACACCAUCCCAAAGUCGCUCGACUGACCUCGAAAAUUGGGCAUGGACAGUUGGCUAAUGCGAUUCAACGCCCUGCCUCCGGUUGCAGCGUCCCCGACCGAUUCUCUAACACUACAAGUCU